AUGAAAUACGAACGAAUGCCUAUUGAGAUUGAAUCUCCAGAAGAGUAUGGCUAUGACAAGAUCAAGUACAAUCUGUCCGAAAGCUCUGUCGCUGAUCAGUCACUUGAAUCCCUUGGAUUGGGCAUCCCGAAUCUUACCCUUCUUUACAACGAGCAUCAAGGUGACUCUCGACUCCGAGAAAUUAUUGCGUCUGACGCAGGCUUAAGCAAGAAUGAUGUUCUCAUCACCGGUGGUGCCUCGGGAGCCCUUUUUAUCAUUGCGACUUCGCAAUUGACACCCCACGAUCACAUCGUGGUUGUGCGACCCAACUAUGCGACCAAUUUAGAGACCCCGCGGGCCAUUGGUUGCGAUAUCAGCUUUGUUGACCUCGAGUUUGGAUCUGGCUUCCAGCCGAACGUGGCCUUCAUUGAAUCUUGCAUCACCCCUAAGACUAAACUGGUCUCCAUCACUAGUCCACACAAUCCGACUGGUACCCUCAUUACCAGAGAGGCUUUGGACGAGCUUGUCGCUCUUACUAAAAGGAAGAAUUGUCUCCUACUUGUGGACGAAACGUACCGGGAUGUGCACUAUGGCACACAGCUUCCCAUUGCAGCAUCUCUUGGGGAUCAUGUUCUCAGCGUUAGCUCUCUGUCCAAGUCUUUUGGUGUGCCAGGUAUUCGACUAGGAUGGGUCACAACACAGAACAAAACGCUCCAGGAAGUUUUACUGGCUGCAAAAGAGCAAAUCAGUAUUAGUGGAAGCGUGAUCAACGAGUGGAUUGCGACACAGCUAUUGUCGAACAGGCGCAAUAUUCUGGCGGUGACGAACGAAGAAAUGGGAACAAGAGUUGAUAUGGUUAAAUCUUGGGUUGAAAGGGAAGAUCUUCUGGAGUGGAUUGAACCAGCAGGUGGAGUGGUGUGCUUUCCUCAGAUGAAGAAGGAACCAGCUGGCGGCACAGUCGCUUUCUAUGAAAGACUGCUGAAGAAGUAUCAGACGUAUGUCGGACCAGGUCAUUGGUUUGGAAUGCCUGAUACAUACUUCCGUCUUGGCUUCGGCUGGCCAACCAGGGAGGAGCUUGUCGCUGGUAUGGAGGCUAUCACCAAGGCUUUGAGGGACGACUGUGAGUGA